GUCUAAAUGUUCCUGUUUUUACAUGAAACAUGUUCUAAGUGUGUUGUCCAAUAAGAAAGAGGAAGAGGAUCAUGAGAAACAUUCUGGACAGAUUGACAUGCGUGUGUCUCCUAGGCGACCCUGUAACAGUGACAUGCGUGUGUCUCCUAGGCGACCCUGUAACAGUGACAUGCGGUCUCCUAGGCGACCCUGUAACAGUGACAUGCGCGACCCUGUAACAGUGACAUGCGUGUCUCCUAGGCGACCCUGUAACAGUGACAUGCGUGUGUCUCCUAGGCGACCCUGUAACAGUGACAUGCGUGUGUCUCCUAGGCGACCUGUAACAGUGACAUGCGUGUCUCCUAGGCGACCCUGUAACAGUGACAUGCGUGUCCCUAGGCGACCCUGUAACAGUGACAUGCGUGUGUCUCCUAGGCGACCCUGUAACAGUGACAUGCGUGUCUCCUAGGCGACCACAGCGUAGUGUGUGACAGCUCUCCAUCUUGCUGGUUUUCUAAACACAUGUUUUUUUUUUUAGAUGAGCAGUUCUCUGACGGUCUGUCUGUCCCUCUGAUGUUCUGGAAUUAUCCAAUAAAACAAGUGUGAAUCUUC